AUGGAGGAUUGUGCGUCUUAUGACAUCACCAGCCGCAUCUCGCCGUUUCUGGACGUCGAGAUGCUGCUGUACGUGUUGGAUUGGCUGAGUGAAAAGGGCGAGGUCCCAGAAGAGUUGGUUGCUGUACGUGCAGAUGUAGCUGCGAAGGUGGAAUCGCAGAAAGUUUCUGACGAGAAAUUCCAGGAACUUGAAGCGACUCUACUUAAAAAAAUAGAACCUCUACAAGAAGCUAUAACGCUGUACAAGAAAAACCAGAGCAAUCGCAUAUCGUCCUCUGCGGAGCGUAUUUGGUUGGUGUCUCUGCCGCAAUGGCUAGCGUCCCAGGAAGGUACCAAUGUGGAGCUUGCCCCUGACUCGGAUAACGCUAUAUUUGCUCUGGCAAAGUUGUAUUCAAAUCAAGGCGACUGGCGUAAGUGCAAGCAGUGGUUGGUGUACUACAUAGAGAACUUGUCUAAGUACACCUUUGAUGGUAACGCUGCGGCAAACCGGGCUAAAUGCUACUGGGGUAUAUUGAGGUCCAUCACUGUAGGUGUUUUGCUCCCAUCUACCGAGGCUGAUCUGAUGUCUAUGGCGAGCACCGCACUACCUAAUGACGAGAACCGAGAAUCAAGCAUAUUGGAGCCUGACCUGCCACGUACGGCUGUACAGUGUAUUUUGCGUCUUGCAGAGCUCUUGAGUAACGAGGAGCUGGGAAAGACCCGCAAGGAGGUGGUAUUGAAACGUGUUUGGCUGUUACAUUGGUCUCUUUUCUACGUCUUCAAGUACCAUAUCCCACUGUCACAGGUGAAAACCAAGGGCGCCAAAAGCUACGAAUGGCCCCAUGUUCAGGAAUACCUUCUUGAUGAUCGCAACAUGGCCGUGGUUCAACUGGUAGCACCACACCUUCUGAGAUAUUACGCGGUUUACGCCAUUUUAAACAGGAGCCGCAAGGACCACUUCAAGGUGAUCAGCAGUGCCAUAUCUAAUGGCAAAUCAAAAUAUUCUGACACGUUUACUGCACUGGUGGGUGCUUUGUUUGUGGAUUUUAACUUUGAAGAUGCACAAAAACACAUCACCCAAAUUCAAAGUGCUUGCCGGCUUGACAUAUUCCUCGAGCCGUUGAAAUUCCAGAUCGAGGAGCACAGCCGUCACAUUAUUUUCGAAACGUACUGUCGCAUUCAUAAAUCGAUCAACCUUGAUCUGAUUGCUGAAAAGGUGAACAUGAGUGUUCUUGAGGCUGAGCGUUGGAUCGUGGGUCUUAUUCGUCAUUCUCAUCUUGAGGCUAAAAUCGACAGUGAGAAGAACUGUGUUGAGAUUUCUACUGUACCCCCAAAUCUAUACCAGCAGGUUAUUGAGAAAACUCAGAACCUGACUUUGAGGUCCAACAUAAUCCUGCAAAACCUCAUGAAUGCUGACGCAAACGGCCCUGUAUAUACACGCCCGCAGGAUGAACGUGGUGGAAAACGUACCGGACAACAGCAGCGUAGGCAACAGAAUAACAGGUUCCAGAAUUUUGGCCAGCGUGACUUCUUCCGCAGCGCUGAAGUUGAACAGUAA